GCUCCCCUCGCGCUGUACUGCUUCGCCAACAGCCAAAUCAGCACUGCCCUCAAGCUGCUGUACCGCGCCCGGUAUCUGGCCACGAUCGUGUGCGGCGACAACCACCCGGACAUUGCCCUGCUGGACAGCAACAUCAGCUUGAUUCUGCACGCCGUCGGAGAGUACGAACUGUCGCUGCGCUUCCUCGAGCACGCCCUCGCCCUGAACAUCAAGUACUACGGCGAAAAGUCCCUUAAGGUGGCCGUCAGCUACCACUUGGUGGCGCGGACACAGAGCUGCAUGGGCGACUUCCGGUCGGCGCUGAACAACGAGAAGGAAACGUACGCCAUCUACAAACAGCAGUUGGGUGAGGCCCACGAAAAGACCCAGGAAUCGUCCGAGUGUCUGCGCCACCUGACCCAGCAAGCGGUCGUCCUGCAGAAGAAGAUGAACGACAUCUACUCGAACGGCAAACUGACGACGGGUCUGCCACCGAUUCACAUCCAGCCACCGUCGAUGGGCUCGGUGCUGGACAUGCUGAACGCAAUCAACGGUAUUAUCUUCGUACAAAUUAGUUCCAAAGAGAUUGCCAACCUGAAGAACGAGAUCGAGAAGCGCCAAAAGGAGGGCGGUGGCGCAGGCCAACCAGGAAGAGGUGGACCGCCUGCUGACGGAGACGAUGGCCAAAACGGCAGUCGACAUCCCGUUCGAGGAGCAGGACAAGUACGAGCAGUGGCGACAAUCGUUGAUGAGGCCAGCUGAAAAUCUGAUCGCUUUUCAACUCAUCAUCCCGCGCGGCACUGAAAAGAUCACACAUACACACAAACACAACACCACACUUUUCUACUGAUUUAAUUUAAUAAAUUAGUAAAUGAGUAAAAACAGUUCAAUGAUAAACAGAA